AUGGAGUUCUUUGAUUUCGAACAAGCUGCUCAUGAGGAUUAUGUGGCAUACGACUGCCCUGUCAUCGACGAAUCUGAUAUCGUGGCGCAGUAUGACUCCUUAGUAUUUUAUAAGGAUCUCGGUCUCCCUACCGGAGCCUCAGCCGUGCAGACAGAUGAGGCUAAGGGAAAAAAUGAACCAUUCAUAAGCUUAUUCGAUAAAGGUGUCUUUCCUGUCACUCGCGCUACAGAGCCCUGUGAUCUCUGUCGCGCUCGCGGCCUCGACUGUUUCAUGGCCAAGCGGGGUGUGAUGCGAAAUAACGGCUGCACAUGUUGUAUCUCUUUGUACCGUGAAUGCAGUUUUACCCGGACAAAGCCCCAUGAAAAGGGCCUGGAUACGUUACAUGUUGUGUCUGAAGACAGCUACGUGCCAGUCGGCGGAUUCACCGGCAAGAAAGCUUUACGGUCCUUUAAAGGCGGCGCUGGCGGUUCGGCAUUCGAAGACACCGAUUCAAAAAGGCGAAAGACUGGUGCUAGAUUUUCUCGAGAAGCUCUUCGGGCUCUGAAGACGUGGCUGACGGAGAAUGCCGGACACCCCUAUCCGACAGACGAGGAAAAGGACGAAUUGAAAACAAGGACUGGUCUAAAGCGGAGCCAGAUUUGCAAUUGGCUUGCAAAUGCCCGUCGUCGGGGUAAAGUUCGGCCCAGUCUCCGUGCCAGCUCUCCUCGACCUACCGGGCCUAUUGAUAUUCCACGGAAACAAUUAGCUCCAGGCGUUGAUAUCGCCGAUUUGACUCCCCUUGAGCGUUGGAAGCAUUCUCCCCCUGAACACGAACCUGCAUCGGCUACUGCCAUUAUUCGAGCCAUGGCCAAUGCUCCUUAUAUUCCAGAGAGAAAUUCAUCUAGUGGCAGUCGUGUCCGGUCGCACUCUCGGAACACAGGGUCCAGUAACGAUGGCUCGAGCUUCUCAAACUUGAUGCCAGCUCCGUCGGUGAGUAGUUACAGCUUUGAAACAACGAAGUCCAGUACCUCCGACAUGUCAUUUGCAUCCGCAUUUUCCCAUCGUUCGUCUCGCUCCUCGUUUAACUCCGCGGACUCAAAAGAACGCCGCCGACGCCGUCACAGGUCUGUAGUAGGGCAAAACACGUUUCAAAAAGCUCGUGCCUCCAGAAUUUUCCAGUGUACCUUUUGUGCUGAUUCGUUUACAACGAAGUAUGACUGGCAGCGGCACGAGAAAUCGCUGCAUCUUGCAUUGGAUAAAUGGACAUGUACGCCACAAGGAGGUGCAAUAUCGUUGAACGGUGCGAUUGUCUGUGCGUUCUGCAAAGGCACUAACCCCGAUAUCGACCAUCUUGAGGCGCAUAACUUUUUUGCUUGCCAAGAGAAGUCUAUCCAUGAACGGACUUUCUAUCGGAAAGACCAUCUUACUCAACAUCUUCGCCUAAUGCAUUCUGUAAAGUUCAGUUCUUGGAUGGAAAACUGGAAAAGUGCUACUACCGAGAUCAAAUCGCGCUGUGGAUUCUGCUCCUCCACCUUUACUACAUGGAAAGAUCGCGUUGAACAUCUUAGCGCUCACUUCAAAGCUGGCACUGACAUGUCACAGUGGAAAGGUGAUUGGGGUUUUGAGCCCUUCGUCCAACGGCUUGUCGAGAAUAGCAUACCUCCAUUUCUCAUCGCCCAAGAGAGAAACACACUAAAUCCAUGGGUUGCUAAACCUGCAGCAACGAAAUGCAGCCAUGUUGCCGAAAGGAUAGCAUCCUAUCCAGCCUCUAUUAGCGAUUCAUCUAAUAUUCCCAUCCCUGAAGACGCGAACUGUUUCCGCCGCCUCCAGAUCCAGCUCGCUGCGUACAUAAGUCGCGAGGUUGCGCGUGGCAUCAUCCCUACGGAUAGUGAGCUCCAAAACGAAGCCCGAAAGGUCGUUUAUGGAUGUGACGACCCGUGGAACCAAACCUGUGCUGACAACCCGAUUUGGCUCUCCAUUCUGAAACGAGAUAGUGGCCUCUGCGAUUCCCCAGAAGUUGAAAACAUCCAUUUAGAUGACUUAGGGAUGCAGCCACCGUUUGCUGCUCCCGGGCUAUCUCAGCCCCCCAGGCAUAAGCUUAUGGCCAUAUCAUCAAACCCGAGUAAUUCGGGAUUCGAUAGUUCCGGUAUUUAUAGUCCAGCGUUCGACAGCAAUGGUUUCAGCUCUGGCGCGCCCAGUGUCCAUGGCAGUUUCGCGGGCAGUGCCACUGGGAGUGUAGGUGUCAGUUCAACCGGAAUCGAUGGUGGCUGGCCAUGUUUGACGACUUCUUAUACAAUAUCUUCUUCCGCGCCGGUCACUGUCAGAUUCAAUCCAACUGCUCAUAUUGGUACUGACUCACAGUACCGCCAAUAUCCGUCCGAUAGUGUUGACGGAGAUCUAGGCGCGAAUUUCGAUGAUAUGCAUAUCGAUACAUUUGAACCUGGAGGUACCACAAUCACCGCUAAGGUGGGAGCUACGAACAGCAGCGGUCACCUUUCGUUCAAAAUGCCAUCUUCCGUGGCAAUAGAUGUCCCUGCGCCGGCUCUAUCUGUGUCUGGAACACAUAUAGUGUCAGGGUCCUAUGAACACUGCUUCCGGAAUAUCUUCGAUGACCAUUUUGAUAUGAACUAG